AUGCUCUACAACCAGUACAUGGAGGUGAACUACAAGUACCAGAAUUCCCAUGACCGCUACAUGAGGCUGACCAAUGGGAUCUUUCUCAACGAGGUCAUGAGGAUCAUGUAAGUUCACACGUUUGCAGAGGCUUCAAAAGUUGUGGCUAAAGGGAUGUGUACUGAAGGAUUCGAUGUAAUACAUUUAUUUUACUUUACCCGAUCAAAGGUAUUAUAGCUGGUGAAAUACUGGGUUAGAUAUUUACCUCUGCCAAGAGGUGAGGGCUUUUAUGGCAGAGGUAGUAGUGCACACUGGCUCAAGCCCCACUCUGGCUUUUGUACUAAAUAAGCCUUUCACCUCUGUCUGUCUGUCUGUCUGUCUGUCUGUCUGUCUGUCAUUCCCAGAGACCCCAACCCCAAGCUGGAGCAUUUGUACCGCAGUGGAAGAGACGACCAGAUGCUCAGAGUCCAGAACUUCUCCAUCCUCAACCGACACCUCAGGGCCUUCUACCAGGUAUUGGUAUUUGUGUCGUGUUUGAUACACAAUCACGUCUUAGUCAGAGCAAUUUACUGCACAAGGUCCAGAUUUAAGCCUAGGGAGACAUCCAGUCAAAUCUCUCUGAGAAAUUAACUUUAGUCUGAUACAAUGCAUUAAACACACAAAAACAUGAGUCUUCACUGUUUCAGUUCCUGCUUUUUUAUAAGUCAUUCAAACCCUCUGAACAGUGGAGCAUCAUGGGAGGGACACCAGCGAGUUUCAGGGAAUAUUCAGGAAAUAUUCUGAAAUAUUUUGGAAACAAUUUAUUGACAGGACUGUUUGUCAUGACAACAAUUCCGUCUUGUCUGGUGUUGCUACGAUGUAAUUUUGUUUCUUGUGGUUUCACUUUUUGCUUUAUGUUUCCUGGUCACACUGGCAGUACUGUGAAACCUUAAACCACCAGCAGCAUGUGGUCACUCUGCAGCCUAAUUUCUCUCUACCAGGGCUUUUCUGAGAACCAAAUAUAGCCAUUGUACUACGUAGAAACAGACGUGAACAAGUAGGCCUACUUUCCCCUCUAACGUCAUCUGUGUUUGUAUUCUAAACUGAACUGGCCAGCAGGAUGCUACUGGAAGGUUUUGUCAUUUCAAUGUUGAUUUGAAUAGUAACUGCAAUGUGGUUAGGGAAAUUACAAUCAAUCAAUAUUUUAAUCCCUUCAAGCUCUCUCUUUGCUCAAACCCUCUCAUUCUGUCUGUAGGAAGACCUACAGCAGCUGAUUCUGAUGCCUCUUCCAAACAUUGCCAUUUUGGGGCAAGACCCCCUAACAGGUAAGAAGAUCCAGUUAAAAGUACAGUAUCUCUGAUUGGCUUUCUAUGUUGUCUAUGAGAGUGUGAUGGGAACAAGAUAGUCAUAAGAGCUGUAACUUUCAGAGGCAGCAGUGGAGGAGUUGAGGAGAUUGCUACUGCUUUUACUGGGAUGUGCUAUACAGGUGAUGUCUCUCUCUCUCUCUCACACACACACACACACACACACACACACACACACACACACACACACACACACACACACACACACACACACACACACACACACACACACACACACACACACACACACACACACACACACACACACACACACACACACACACACACACACACACACACACACACACACACACACACACACACACACACACACACACAUACACACACUGCACUUGUAACUUUACCAACCUUACUGACUACUCAUUGUUGGUCAGCAACAGUGUGAGAGGAAGGAAACAUUCAUACAGCAAAUCCAGUCACUGGACAUCGAGACUCAAACUGCCAUUGCCAACUGUAUCCAGGAGGUCAGUUCAGUUCCCUACUCAUCUACCCAUAACCAGCAUUAACGUUCAGCCAUUUUGUCCCUGAAUGCUCAGUCACAUACUGUUAUUACCAUAGAGAGGUAAGAAACUGUUGUUCCUGCAGGUGACCCAGGACCCCAGAGCGGUGCUGCCACUGCAAUGGGAGGAGCUGGGAGGGCUGGAGGGGGUGGAGCUACAGGUGCUUUUUGGCUCCAUGGCCAGACAGAUCCAAGGCCUGCUGGCACAGAGAGACACACACCUGGAGGUACACACACAUACUCACAAAUAUGUCCAGAACAACAGAAGAGGAAUUGAAUUAUGAAACCAGGCCUUUCAGCCAUUCAGCCUCUAUAGGAGAGUGUAUUCCCAGUGAAAGUAUCACUGUGUCAAACCUGAUUUAAAAAGCUCUAAGGGUUUCUUACUCUCACAGAUUCACACAAAACCUGGACCUGAUUUCAACACCUUCCUGUCCCCCCCCCCCCCCCCCCCCCACCCCUCCUCCUCUCAGAGGAUAGCAGAGUUGUGUUGGACUAGCGAGUUCCAGCAGGCUGAGUCUGCCAUGGCACCCCCAGGUGGUCACACUGAGGAGCUGCCCCAGAGUCUGGCUGUCCAGCUAGCAGACAGCAGGGCCAAACUACGACGCCUCAAACAAGAACUGUAAGACGUGUGAGUGUGUGUGAGACAGUCAUGUCAGUGUGUGCAUCAAAAAGGUUUUAAGUUGGAGGAAGACUUUUCUUUGAGAGAUGUCUGGUAACUGUUAUAACUAUGUUGUCCAUUUCUAGGGAAGACAAAGCAAGUGUGUGUUAAAGGUUUUUAAAUUGGAAGAGGACUAUUCUGUAAGAGGUGUCUGUAGUUUAGUAGCACAAUACUAUUGCGAUAACGACAUCUGUUUCUAUAGGGAAGAAAAAGGGGAUCAACUAUUGGAUUACAAACAGGAAGUUCAAACUAUGGAGGUGCAGCUGAAGAAACUUCAGAAAGAGGUAUGGUUUUCUCUAUCAUCACUACCAGUAACUGUACCGGAACAUUACGCUACUUUUGUCCUCCUCUGACCUCACCUCCAUCUUGUGUGUGUUGGGCAGAACCGCAGUCUUCAGGGUGAGGUGCGGGGAAUGCGUGUGUUGCGUGACGAGCUGGAUUGUCUUCGUGACCGUGCAGGCAGAACCGAGCAACUGCAGACAGAACUACAGAGCUGCAAACAUAGACUACGCAGCCUGGAAGUCACUCGCACACAACUGAAGGUAUUGCCGACGCCACCUAUACACCAGACACUGUUUAGUACACAGAGACACUACUGAAGGUAUCGUCACCAAGACACCAUACACUGUUUAGUACACAGAGACACUACUGAAGGUAUCGCCACCAAGACACCAGACACUGUUUAGUACACAGAGACACUACUGAAGGUAUCGCCACCAAGACACCAUACACUGUUUAGUACACAGAGACACUACUGAAGGUAUCGCCACCAAGACACCAGACACUGUUUAGUACACAGAGACACUACUGAAGGUAUCGUCACCAAGACACCAUACAUUGUUUAGUACACAGAGACACUACUGAAGGUAUCGUCACCAAGACACCUUACACUGUUUAGUACACAGAGACACUACUGAAGGUAUCGUCACCAAGACACCAUACACUGUUUAGUACACAGAGACACUACUGAAGGUAUCGCCACCAAGACACCAUACACUGUUUAGUACACAGAGACACUACUGAAGGUAUCGUCACCAAGACACCAUACACUGUUUAGUACACAGAGACACUACUGAAGGUACCGUCACCAAGACACCAUACACUGUUUAGUACACAGAGACACUACUGAAGGUAUCGUCACCAAGACACCAUACACUGUUUAGUACACAGAGACACUACUGAAGGUAUCGCCACCAAGACACCAGACACUGUUUAGUACACAGAGACACUGCUGAAGGUAUCGCCACCAAGACACCCUACACUGUUUAGUACACAGAGACACUACUGAAGGUAUCGCCACCAAGGCACCAGACACUGUUUAGUACACAGAGACACUACUGAAGGUAUCGCCACCAAGACACCAUACACUGUUUAGUACACAGACACUACUGAAGGUAUCGUCACCAAGACACCAUACACUGUUUAGUACACAGAGACACUACUGAAGGUAUCAUCACCAAGACACCAUACACUGUUUAGUACACAGAGACACUACUGAAGGUAUCGCCACCAAGACACCAGACACUGUUUAGUACACAGAGACACUACUGAAAGUAUCGUCACCAAGACACCAUACACUGUUUAGUACACAGAGACACUACUGAAGGUAUCGUCACCAAGACACCAUACACUGUUUAGUACACAGAGACACUACUGAAGGUAUCGUCACCAAGACACCAUACACUGUUUAGUACACAGAGACACUACUGAAGGUAUCGUCACCAAGGCACCAGACACUGUUUAGUACACAGAGACACUACUGAAGGUAUCAUCACCAAGACACCAUACACUGUUUAGUACACAGAGACACUACUGAAGGUAUCGCCACCAAGACACCAGACACUGUUUAGUACACAGAGACACUACUGAAAGUAUCGUCACCAAGACACCAUACACUGUUUAGUACACAGAGACACUACUGAAGGUAUCGUCACCAAGACACCAUACACUGUUUAGUACACAGAGACACUACUGAAGGUAUCGUCACCAAGACACCAUACACUGUUUAGUACACAGAGACACUACUGAAGGUAUCGUCACCAAGACACCAUACACUGUUUAGUACACAGAGACACUACUGAAGGUAUCGUCACCAAGACACCAUACACUGUUUAGUACACAGAGACACUACUGAAGGUAUCGCCACCAAGACACCAGACACUGUUUAGUACACAGAGACACUACUGAAGGUAUCGCCACCAAGACACCAUACACUGUUUAGUACACAGAGACACUACUGAAAGUAUCGUCACCAAGACACCAUACACUGUUUAGUACACAGACACUACUGAAGGUAUCGUCACCAAGACACCAUACACUGUUUAGUACACAGAGACACUACUGAAGGUAUCGCCACCAAGACACCAUACACUGUUUAGUACACAGAGACACUACUGAAGGUAUCGUCACCAAGACACCAUACACUGUUUAGUACACAGAGACACUACUGAAAGUAUCGUUACCAAGACACCAUACACUGUUUAGUACACAGAGACACUACUGAAGGUAUCAUCACCAAGACACCAUACACUGUUUAGUACACAGAGACACUACUGAAGGUAUCGUCACCAAGACACCAUACACUGUUUAGUACACAGAGACACUACUGAAGGUAUCGUCACCAAGACACCAUACACUGUUUAGUACACAGAGACACUACUGAAGGUAUCGUCACCAAGACACCAUACACUGUUUAGUACACAGAGACACUACUGAAGGUAUCGUCACCAAGACACCAUACACUGUUUAGUACACAGAGACACUACUGAAGGCAUCGUCACCAAGACACCAUACACUGUUUAGUACACAGAGACACUACUGAAGGUAUCGUCACCAAGACACCAGACACUGUUUAGUACACAGAGACACUACUGAAGGUAUCGCCACCAAGACACCAUACACUGUUUAGUACACAGAGACACUACUGAAAGUAUCGUCACCAAGACACCAUACACUGUUUAGUACACAGACACUACUGAAGGUAUCGUCACCAAGACACCAUACACUGUUUAGUACACAGAGACACUACUGAAGGUAUCGCCACCAAGACACCAUACACUGUUUAGUACACAGAGACACUACUGAAGGUAUCGUCACCAAGACACCAUACACUGUUUAGUACACAGAGACACUACUGAAGGUAUCGUUACCAAGACACCAUACACUGUUUAGUACACAGAGACACUACUGAAGGUAUCGUCACCAAGACACCAUACACUGUUUAGUACACAGAGACACUACUGAAGGUAUCGUCACCAAGACACCAUACACUGUUUAGUACACAGAGACACUACUGAAGAUAUCGUUACCAAGACACCAUACACUGUUUAGUACACAGAGACACUACUGAAGGUAUCGUCACCAAGACACCAUACACUGUUUAGUACACAGAGACACUACUGAAGGUAUCGUCACCAAGACACCAUACACUGUUUAGUACACAGAGACACUACUGAAGGUAUCGUCACCAAGACACCAUACACUGUUUAGUACACAGAGACACUACUGAAGGUAUCGUCACCAAGACACCAUACACUGUUUAGUACACAGAGACACUACUAAAGGUUUCGUCACCAAGACACCAUACACUGUUUAGUACACAGAGACACUACUGAAGGUUUCGUCACCAGUACACCAUCAACUGUAGCCACACUCAGCUGAUGGUUGGCCCAUUCCAAAAACAACCCUUAGCCCCUGCUCAAGCUACUUCCCCUCUGUGUUUGUAGAUGGGUUUACAGAAGGUGAGCUCCCUUAAUAUUGAUGACACUGUUGCAGUUUCUACCUAUAGUAUAGGUGCUAGGUACUGUAGGUGCUAGUAGGGCUGUGGCGGUCAUGACAUUCUGUCUCAGCUAGGGCUGUGGCGGUCAUGACAUUCUGUCUCAGCUAGGGCUGUGGCGGUCAUGACAUUCUGUCUCAGCUAGGGCUGUGGCGGUCAUGACAUUCUGUCUCAGCUAGGGCUGUGGCGGUCAUGACAUUCUGUCUCAGCUAGGGCUGUGGCGGUCUUGACAUUCUGUCUCAGCUAGGGCUGUGGCGGUCAUGACAUUCUGUCUCAGCUAGGGCUGUGGCGGUCAUGACAUUCUGUCUCAGCUAGGGCUGUGGCGGUCAUGACAUUCUGUCUCAGCUAGGGCUCUGGCGGUCAUGACAUUCUGUCAGCCGGUUAUUGUCAUGCAAAAGACUGCUGGUCUCACUGUAAUUGACGGUAAUUAACAUAAACCUGUUAAGCAUCUCCAGGCCUUCAUGCAUACAAGCUGCUGAUGUGUGCCUUUGGAACAUCUACAUUUUAAAAAGUGUAAUAAAUCAAUUUAAUAUACACCAUCACAAUAAAUCCAUUAUUUAUUUUAGUCAGGUCUAAAGAAACAUUAUGAUAUUAAGAAAUUGUAUUUCAGAAGAACGGAAUAUGAGUUGGCCUACUGUAGGGCUAUGUAAUCUGACUAUGCUCCAUGCCAUAGGCUGUAGGUUUGUUAAUUUAGCUGACAAGAUAUGCUUAUAAGUCCCGUGGCAUUAUUUUAUAUGAUUUUAUAGUAAGAAGAAUAUAACUGAAGUUAGCUGAAUAAAAUAGAAAGGAUAUUUUUCCCAUUAUGCAGCGAGUGCGCAGAUGAAAUGGCUAUGUUGAGCCAUUUGAAACAGGCCCUAUAUGCUAGAUUUAGAGUUAUUUGGCAACUUUAGUUGUGAAUGAAACAAACCUUAGAAUGUCUUAGAAAUCAAAACUGUAUAUGGGCUGCAUGAUGCAACUGUAGGCUAUUGAUGAUUUGAGAAAGUCACAAAAACAACUUGUGCUCUGUUCCUUGCCUCAGGCUGCACAUAUGUUCUCUCAUCAAGUGAUCAUAUUUUCACCCAUCAGACUAUUCUCAAUUUAAUCUUGUCUUUACAAAUAUGUAAAAUUAGUUUCGACUUAGAAUGGCCCAAUAUCAAAUAGGUAAGAACAGGUGCAGGGGGGAAAGACGUCAUCUGUAUGCACUCUAAUAGGUCAUGGAGACCGCUGACUUUUUCGCCGGUCCAUUUUGUGGCUACUUCGGUUUUAUAGCGGAGCUGUGCUUAAUAUGAGUAGCUGAGAAAUAAAUAUAAUAACACGUAUUUCACUCCACAAGUCAACCACUGUUUGAGGAGCAUGCUUUCGCUGCCGACUGGUGAUAUAACUCCCAAACUCUGUAUGCUAUGGGCUCUCCAACCUUGCUCCUGCAACUACCCAGUGCUUCAUUUUUGCAACGUAACAUAUUUCAUUAAAUUGUUCACCACCCGUCUGCACGCUUGAGAAAGGAAUAAAGGAGAGAGAGGAGGAGAUGGAAACACAUGGUGGUGAGAUAUUCUGUAAAGCUAAAGGUAAUGUGUCACCCAGUUAAUUAAAUUAAUUAAUUAAAAUCCUAUUACUAGGUUAUUCAAAAUCAAAUAUAAAUUAACUAAUUGUAGGCUAACUGUAAGCCGCCCUGCACAAUCAAUGAACCAACAGCAUCGCCUAGGGCAGGGGUGUCAAACGUCCGGCCCGCGGGCCGGAUCAGGCCCGCAAACGGGUUUAAUCCGGCCCGCGAGAUGAUUUUGAAAAAAAAAAAAAAAAAAAAAAGAAAUAUUAAUAAUAAUUUUGUAAAGUAUAAAAAUGCACUGCAAUUUUUCAAUAAAAUAAACUGCUGUUCCAAUUGCGUCCACUGGAUGGCGCAAUAGCAAUUGUGUUAAGCAAGCAAACUGUUUAUACCGGGGCAGAGCAAGUAGGUCAAGCACGUGCAGCCAAUGAGCUACUUUGUUUUGCCCGCAAUAUUUAUUACGGCUUCUACUUUUAACAUUAUGUGCUUUGGCACCCUCAUUGCCCCAAUAUGUCUCUGUCAAAAAAGAGAAAAGUGGACACAGAGUGCAGAGUGUUCCAAGAAAAAUGGUCAUCCUAUUUAUGCUGAAAGAAUAUAACCUUCGUCGCCACUAUGUGAGUCUUCAUGCCGACAAAUAUGACAACUUUCAAGGACAGCGGAGAUGAGAGAAGGUGAAUGAACUGUUGGCGGGUCUGAAGAAACAGCAGUCUGUGUUUACUCACAGCCGAGACAUCAGUGACGCUGCAGUGAAAGCUAGCUACCUCAUUGCUAAUGAAAUCGCAGUGGCUUCAAAACCAUUUAGUGAGGGUGAAUUUGUAAAAACAUGCAUGAUGAAGGCAGCGGAGAUUGUGUGCCCUGAAAAGCGGCAGGCUUUUGCAAAUAUCAGCCUGACAAGAAACACAGUUGCAGACAGGAUUUCCGAUCUUUCAGUGGAUUUGGACAGCCAGUUGAAGCAAAAAGUAAAGUCAUUUAUUGCGUUUUCGGGUUGCAAUUGAUGAAAGCACGGACAUUACAGAUGUUGCACAACUGGCCAUUUUCAUCCGCGGAGUUGAUGACACAUUGACCGUCACCGAGGAGUUCGUGGAGUUGGUGCCGAUGACAGAUACAACGACAGCAGCUGAUAUUUUUACCGCACUCGUCGGCGCGCUGGACAGGGUCGGAGUGGACUGGUCCCGCGCUGUCAGCCUGGCUACAGAUGGUGCGCCCUCAAUGAUCGGGAAAAAAGCAGGCGUUGUGACAAAGUUCAGACAGUGCAAUCUGCAAAUGGAGGACGUGAUUUUUGGACUUUUCACUGUAUUUUGCACCAGGAGGCUUUGUGUUGCAAGUCAUUAAAGAUGGAUAACGUCAUGAAGGUGGUCAUCCAAACUGUUAAUUUCAUCCGAUCCAGAAGCCUGAAUCACCGUCAGUUUGACAGCCUUCUCAGAGAGAAAGACCACAUCUAUGGCCUGCCAUACCACACUGAGGUAAGAUGGUUAAGCCGAGGUGCUGUGCUGAGGCGUUUCUUUGAUUUACGAGAAGAAAUUGAACAGUUCAUGGAAGAAAAGGGCAAACCAGUGUUAGAAUUUCAUUCUGCAGAAUGGAUGCAGGACCUUGCAUUUAUGGUGGAUGUUACAGAGCACCUGAAUAACUUGAACAAACAGCUGCAAGGGCGCAACAAAGUUGUCACGCAGUAUUAUGACAGCAUACGUUCUUUCAAGUUGAAGCUGUCAUUGUGGGAGACGCAACUUGCCGGUGGUGAUGCAGCUCACUUCCCCUGUCUGAAAAAUUUGUGCGCGACCCAACAUGUGGCAGACAUGAAGCGGUUCAAAGAUAAAAUAACGGGACUGUUACGGGAGUUUGAGCCACGCUUUCAGAUUUAUGUUUAUAUGUUGAUGUGCUAUUGUUUUUAAUUUAUUUUAUUUUAUUUGUAUAUUUAACCUAUUCUUGACUCUGUGGUUCUUGCACUUGUUUGGGGAACAGGAUUUCAUUAUUUUUAUCUACAUUUCUGUCUGAGAAAUGACACCCUGAUAUAGUUCUGUGAUAUACUUCUGUGAAUCACUGAGGCAUUGUGUGUUUGUGUGUUCUUUGUCCUCAGAACUUUCAAAUAACUUGAGGUGUUUUAUGAUUAAUAGUGAUGUUGUGCUUUUGGACACUGUCCUCAGGCUCCAGCUUUAUGUUUAUAUGUUUUUAUGUUGAUGUGCUAUUGUUUUUAAUUUAUUUUAUUUUAUUUGUAUAUUUAACCUAUUCUUGACUCUGUGGUUCUUGCACUUGUUUGGGGAACAGGAUUUCAUUAUUUUUAUCUACAUUUCUGCCUGAGAAAUGACACCCUGAUAUAGUUAUGUGAUCUGUGAAACAGUUCUGUUAAUCACUGAGGCAUUGUGUGUUUGUGUGUUCUUUUUCUUUAGAAUUUUCAAAUAAACUUGACGUGUUUUAUGAUUAAUAGUGAUGUUGUGCUUUUACUAUUUUGGACACACUGUCCUCAGGCUCCAGCUUUAUGUUGUAUGUUGAUCGUAUUAAAACAAAGAAAACAAUCUGAAGUUGUUGUUUUUAAGUUAUAUAUACCAUGAUUUUUCCGGUCCGGCCCACUUGGGAAUAGAUUUUCCUCCAUGUGGCCCCUGAGCUAAAAUGAGUUUGACACCCCUGGCCUAGGGCUAUACAUUCUCCCCCAGACUCAUGGAUAUACAUUUGGGAGCCUAACAUAAGGUAACUAGUCCAUCCAAUAUGCAUAAUAAUACAGUCCGCAUUCAAAGGCGAUUACUCAAAUUUGUUUAAUUUUAGAGUAUAGGCUAGACCAACUAUGUACCAAAGACAUCUUAAAUCCGUUUUAUGUUUUUCUGCCAUGGGUAAUAUGCGGUAGGCUAUAUAUUGUAGCAAUUUAAUUCCGUUUUUUUUCCGGGCUUGAGCUCAUAAGCCUAUGCAUAUGCAUAAGCUCUAAUAUGCAUAUGGGUGUUUUGAAUUAAUCAUCACCUUAGAAAGCGCUGUCCAUUUCGUUGUGUUAGGCUUUGAAACAACAUCCACAACAACCAUGUUUUACACUGUUUCAACCUGCUGUUGAACUUCUUUCUUCAAAUUGAUCAUCACAGUGAGGUGAGUUUUAAAAGUAUGAUAGGCCUACUGUUUUGAUGAUGUAUUUAAUGUGAUUUACGAUUUCAUUUGCAUUGAGGUCAGAGUGGUUAGAGAGACAGAGCCCUGAGUACCAGGCCAUUAGGAUCUGAUGGUCCCGUGUCUCUGUCUCUCUGUCUCUCUCCCCUGUCUCUCUCUGUGGCUCUGUCCUUGUCUCUAUCUUUCUCUGGCUGUGUCUCUGUCCCCUGUCUCUGUGUGGUGCCCCCCCCCCCCCCCCCCGUAGGAGCAGCAGCAGCUGUGCGUGGCGCUGCAUGAGACCCGGGUCCUGCUGGAGGAGCAGCUGGCGGACACACGGCAACGCUGCUCCAGCCUACGGGAGCUGGAGAGGGACAAUCUAUUGCUGCGACAGAGACUCAUAGACCUGGAGGGGGUAGGUAAUGAUGGUAAUGUGUAUGUGGUAAUGUGUUUGUGAAUCACAAGUAAGGAAUUUGGCAUCUGCUGGUUGGGCUCACACAGACAUAUUCCCUAAUUUGUUGGUGUGUGUGUGUAUGUAGGAGCGGGACACUGAGAGGCAGAGGGUCGAUGAGCUGUUAGAGAUGAACAUGGGCCUGGAGGCUGAGCUUAGACAUAACAACAACAAUACAGGCACGAUGACAGCUGCUCCACAUUUCCACCAAUCAGAGGUGGAGUCUGACGAGGAGGCUGGGCUAAGACAGGAGCUAAGAGAAGAGAUUGGUCAGUCAGUCUGUCUGUCUAUUGUGUGUCUUUUGAGUUCAAUUGUUUGAUUAUUGUAGGGCGGCGCACAAUUGGCCCAGCGUCGUCCGGGUUCUUAACUGACUUGCCUAGUUAAAUAAAGGUUAAAAAAAUAAUAAUAAUAAUAAUAAUACACCUCCUCUCUAAUUCAAAUUCAAAUAAGCUUUAAUGGCAUGAAUGGGUACCACUGUUGCCAAAUCAAUGCAAUUAUAUAUCUGUUUUCCUCUCUCUCUCUCUCCCCCCCCCCUCUCUCUCUCUGUCAGAUCUGAAGCCUCUGAGUGUGGAGGUGGUUGAGGCGUCGUCACUUAGGCUUCUGGGAGCUGAGAAUGAGAAUGCCGAGCUGAGGAGAUGUCUGGAGGACCUGCAGUCUGAACAGGUUAGGACUCAUAGGGUAAGUGUCAAUCAAUCAAUCAAAAUAGAAUGAGUCUAGAGUUAACCUCCAGAGAGCAGGCAAAGGCAACAGUAGCAAGGAAAAGUAACCUUGAGAAGAAUGAGACUCUACACAGGGAGCCUUUUGGCUUGCCAAGUAUUUGUAUUAGUGUCCAGACUAAGGGCACUGCUAUUGGAGGAUCCAACUGUCUGCUAUAUUUUGCAGCAAGCUGAUUUGCCAGAGGUGAGGGAGGAGCUGGCCUCUCUGGAAGCGGAACAUCAGAACACACUAAGAGAGGUGAGCUGAUGUGACCGACUGGGUUUGGACAAGUCUGUGUUAACCCUCUGCGCUAAAGCCUAGGCAUUAGCUCAGGAGGCUAACAAAAGUAUUCAGGUCUAAGAGAACGUUACUCAUCACGCGGGUAUGGUUCACUAAACUAUUACACUGACAUGUAUCUAGAUGUAACCUCACUGUGUUGUCUGACAUGUAUCUAGAUGUAACCUCACUGUGUCGUCUGACAUGUAUCUAGAUGUAACCUCAC